AUGGUUAAGACAAGAAUAGAAUGGAAACUUGAACAUAAACAGAUUCUAAAUAAACUACAGUUUGGAUUUAGAAAGGGUAAAGGUAUUAAUGAUAGUCUGACGAUCCUAUCUUCUAUUGUUGGUAAUGGGUUUUCUCAAGGAAUUAAAACUAUGAUAGGGUUUUUAGACAUGAAGGGCGCAUACGAUCAUGUGAACGUGGAUGUUCUCAUGACCAAAUUUAUUGAGUUAGGUAUACAUCAGGAUAUUUGCAUGUACAUUAAAAAUAUACUUAGUAACAGAAGAAUUUAUGUCAAUGAUUUUCAGAAAAAUCGGUUAGUAGGUCCAGGUUUUACAAAUAAAGGAUUAGCACAGGGUUUCCCUUUAGCGCCGUUAUUAUUUAAUGUAUAUAUAAAUAAUUUAAAAGAUUUUAUAAGUGAUGGUGUGAUUAUGCUACAGUAUGCUGAUGGCAUAGUAUUGGCUAUACAGGGCCAUAAUUUGAACAUGAUGGCAGAUAAAAUGAAUGAGACCCUUGCUAACUUGGAAACGUGGUUACAAGAGACUGAAAUAUCUUUUUCACCUCUUAAGUCAGCAUGUAUGUUGUUUCAAAAUAAAGCUGAAAAUGGGAUUCCAGUUGUAAGAUUACAUGAUGUUAUUAUUCCAUGGGUGGAGAAAUUUAAAUAUUUGGGUGUAAUUUUUGAUAAAGGAUAUACCUGGAAAAAUCAAGUUGAAAUGAUGUGUGCUAAAGCAAUCAAGGGUACCAAUGUAAUGAAGUUUUUUGCAAAAACCUGGUGGGGCAGUCAUCCCUUGUUGUUAUACAUCUUGGUGUUAUUACAUCCAUCACUAUGUUGA